AUGAGCAUCGGGACCCCACCCACACUGGAGGAGCUGUCAAGGCGGGCUCUGCUGAGAAACGAGGCCUUGGCCAUCUCUGCUCUGGAGAAGCUGCCCAACAUGCUCUUCCCAGCACUGUUCAAGGAGGCCUUCAAUAGCAGAUGCACUGGGAUCGUGAAGGCAAUGGUGGUAGCCUGGCCUUUCCCCUACCUCCAUGUGAAGAGCAUAAUGAACACCUUCGACUCAGAGAUUUUUCCUGCUGUGCUGGAUGGACUGGAUGUCCUGCUGACUCAGCAGGUUUGUCCCACGAGGGGGGAACUUCGAGUACUCUUUUGGAGGGUGCCCUGUGAGUUCAAAACCAUCCAGACUGGAACAGAGGAUGGGGUCUGCUCAGCAGAGACUGUGAGUGUGAAGCAAGCAGGGAAGCCCCCUUCUACACAUGAGCUGAGGCCACAAAUGAAGAUGAGAGUUGACCUCAAUUUCAGGUCCGAACUGGAGAAAGAAGAAAUGUACUUCCUACAGUGGGCCCAGCAGAGAAAAGACUCGCUCCAGCUCUGCUGUGAGGACGUGAAGAUUGUGUUGCUGUCCCUAGAUAAUUCACACUUGAAAGACUUUGCGCUGUGUCCAUCCCUUCAUCAACUAAAACAUCUGGACAUGAGUGGAGUCCUACUGCGCAAUGUGCCUAUUCUGCCUCUCAGUGUUCUCCUAGAGAUGGGAGCAGGCAGUCUUGAGACUCUGGAAUUGCAGGGGUGUAGGAUAAAGGACUCUCAGUUCUGUGAACUCCUACCUGCCCUCAGCCAAUGCUCCCAGCUCACCAAGAUCAAUUUCUAUAGCAAUGACUUCUCCAUGAAUCUCUUGCGUGACCUUUUCCACCACACAGCCAACAUGAGCAAGAUGACCAUGGAGCAGUACCCUGCCCCUCAGGAGUGCUAUGACGAGUGGGAAAACAUUUCCAUAGACGCAUUUUCUCAACUUUGUUCUCAGCUCAUGGAUACGCUUAGGGCCAUAAGGCAGCCCAAGAGGAUAAGCUUUGCUACAUAUCUCUGUGAUAUAUGUUCUCAACGCUGUGUGUAUGACCAGGAGACCAGACUUUGUUUUUGCUUGCAGUAA